GGAGGGGAUUAUAACGCGAGCGUUACCUGUUCAUGCAGGUAAGAGAAAGAGACAAAAACACUUGGAGGCAAAGAAGAUCAUGGCUUUCUCCACCUCUGAGAUGGAUGAGGCCUUUGACUACCUGUUCAAGAUCAUUCUGAUUGGUGAUUCUAAUGUUGGGAAGACAUGCGUGGUACAUCGUUUCAAGUCAGGGCAAUACAACGUGAAGCAGCAAAACACCAUUGGAGUGGACUUCACAGUGCGCUCCUUGGAGAUUGAUGGCAAGAAGGUCAAGAUCCAGGUGUGGGACACAGCAGGCCAAGAACGCUUCCGCACUAUCACCCAGAGUUAUUAUCGCAGUGCCCAUGGUGCUAUUCUUGCCUAUGAUAUGACAAGGAGGUCCACUUUUGAGUCUAUCCCUCAUUGGAUUCACGAGAUUGAAAAGUACGGUGCCGCUAACUUGGUCCUGAUGUUGAUAGGGAACAAGUCAGAUGAAAUGGAGAAGCGCCAAGUCCUGUUUGAAGAUGCUUGCACACUGGCUGAGAAGCACAGUCUAUUGGCUGUCUUGGAGACCUCGGCCAAAGAGGCCCAAAAUGUUGACGAGGUCUUCAUAUUAAUGGCUAAAGAGCUCAUGGCUAGAAAUGCCUUGCAGCUAAGUGGGGAGAGCAGCCCUGCAGGCAGCAUUUAUCUGGACACCAGGCCAGUGAUGACCACUCAGCCUGACAAGUCUGACUGCUCCUGUUGACGAGAAGCUUCAAGAAGAAGCAACUGUGGUCCUUCUGGUGGUCCAUAGUAUUUGAGUUUUCUGUCUAGCCAUGGCUUGUCCUAAUUCAGCCAUACAAUGCUGACCUGUUCUCCAGAGGAAGAUGCCACUCCUUGUCACCUUGGUCAAUGCAGGUUGUGGUGGUCAGAACCAGUGAUGCUUCUCUGCAAUGAAGGAAAGGGUCUUCUGGAAGCCACUAACUUACCAGGAAAGAACUGUGAGGAACUUUAACAAGAGGGGGGGAGCAUUUAACAUAGCCAUAAAGAUGGCAGCUUGUUGAGUUGAUCUUAAUUUCCAGUGGUAGCUGUGAAAAAACAGUGUGGCCACUUGUCUACCCCAGCCUAUUGGGUUUUGUACAUUUAUAGCUCAGAACCUCAUACUUGCAUUGCUGUCACUGACUCCUAAGAAGUCUAGUAAUUUCAUAGUGAUCUAGUAACCCUGACUGAUCUGCCAUUUUUUUCUGAUUUCUCCACUUAAUGUAAAUAAUAAUUUACUAUUUUAACAUAAGUUUCUUCUCAGAUAACUGUUAGAUGUGACUAGCUCCUUUCAGCCACUUGGCACUAUAAAUAAUGUGGUCCCUUUACUUAGAAGUGAAUUAAUUUGGGACAUGAAGAAUUGCUAAAACUGCAUACCAUUUUCCUGUCCUUUGUUUAGCUGUUAAACUUCAAAGUUUUUGCAUCUGUGUUUUUUGCCCUUAUCUGUGUGCAAAAACGAACUUGUUCAGCAUGUUGUACAAGGAUUGAUCAACACUGGUUUUUGAAAACAACUUCUCACACAAUGAACUGCAGCUACCAGGAGUGUUUGCAACAGCUACGUGGUAAACUAUUUUUCUGCGCACCGUGUGAUGCUGCUGCUAAAUUCUGUUAGAUUCAGUUGCAGUAAGUGGGUGUAUGGAAGUUUCUCCUCUGGUUCUCUUUUGAAAUGGCUUGAAGCAGACAUAUGCAACACAUGGAUUUCCUUUAGGAGUAGCAGCAGAUAAGAGUUUGGUUCUGUAACCUUUUCUCAUUUUGCUUAAUGAGAGGACUACAUAAGGGGCUGAUCUCAUUCUGAGCUGUUCUAAUGAUCAAGGAAAUCAGAUGUGUCACUUAUAGAUGGUGGUUUGUUUGUUUUGGAAGGAGUGAGUUUGUAUUUUACAGUCUUACUUCCUAGGGAAUAAAGCAAGAGAGAGAGAUUCCUUUUGAUCAAGAAAAAAGGGGUCUUAUUAUUCUGUGGGGGAGGGGCAGUUGCCCUCAAAGCUGAGGGCUGCUCUGCAUUGAAAUGUAGCUCUUUCUCUGUUACCAGUCCUUAAAAAGGAAUUUGUUACCCUUAUCAAACUCCUAAGGUGCACUUUAAAAUUAAAAUGACACCCCUCCCUUUCACUAUAACAGUGGUUACAUUCAAAGGGGAAGAAUUCUAAUUUUACUAUAGCUGAAGUUGUGGUAUAAAGGUUAAUCACAGAAUAUGGAGGAACCACUGACAGCACAAAUGUGUGCAAUUAGGAAUUGUAUGUACCUUAUAGCUAUAAACUUAAAUUAUCAUGUCAUUGUUACAGUGGACAGAGGAGCGGCUGUGUUUAUACUGGGUUUGUUCUUUUUUAAAAAAAACCACCCAUAAAAGCCUGGUAGAGUACUGUUUUGCUAUUUGGUUAUCCUUAGUACACUUUAAUAUUAAAUCUUCAUUGGGAAUAAUAUGAUACUUUGAGCUAAUUAAUGAAUGAUACGAACUAAAUUUUUGGCAUAGCCUCUAAGGUGAGGCCCGGUCCCUGCAACUUACCACACAGGGCUAGAGGCCUCUGCUUCCUUGAGCCCCACCAAUCAGAUACUAUGCACAUCAUGGAAGAAAGGCCAAGGAGUUUUUGUGAUCUAUUGUGGUCAUGUGUCAGUGGGAUGGGAUUCUGUCUGCAAGUGAGACCAUACGUCAAAACCCCACCCCCAAGUGGGUGACGUGCUAUUCACUCCUCAGCUUAGUUUACCACAGAGGAUUGUUCGGAGAGUAAAAAUUGAGAGGAUCAUGUAAGCCACUCUGAGGCCUUAAAAGAAGCGGAGGGUAGAAUUGGAAAAGUACAAGCAUAUUCUGCUGUGUCCUUCAGCACAGGGCAGAUUUCCCAACACCCAAAACUAUUUUUGCUCCACUUGUCACUAUUUCUUCUCUCCUGUUUCUCUUCUGAACGAGUGUUGCUAAUUGUCACAUGGGUGCCUGAGUGUGUCUUACAGGGUCUGUUGCAUAUUGAUAAUAAAAAUGGUUUUAACUUCUACCCUCACUAAA